CAACCCCAAUUUAUAGGAGAGCAGAACCAUUUGUAAGCGCACGUUUCGCGGUCAGCUUUUUAGGGCUGGUCCGUUUUGAAAAAUCACUCGUAGCCAUUCGAUCAGACCGGACGAGAGAACCUGAGAAAAAUGAAGAUAAUACUCGGGAUAUGGGUAGUCGUGACUUCUGUUGUGUCCAUUUCUCUCGCCGAACCUAAGUAUGAACCCCGUUAUCUCUCUCAAGAAGUUGAAAAUUCAGAAAAUCGAGAAUACCAUCCUCAUCCUGAGCCAAGAGGAUACAAGCUUUACGAUGUAUAUACUAAACCAUAUGAACCACAGUACCAGUCUAUAGAACCUCAGUACAAAAACACUGAGCCUACGCAUUACCAAGUUGAUUCAAAACCAGCCCCUGGUUCACCUUAUCCUCAGCCCAAUCAACCACUUUAUAAUCAGCCGCCUCAACAAAUAACAUCCAUUCAAAAACCGCAAGUGCCUCAUGCUGAUCAUCAGCGGAUUUCUUACAGCCAACCACCAAAGGACGUUUACAUCCAAAUAGAGCAGCCACAAGCAACUCUGUAUCAUAAUCAAGGUCAACAUGAGUAUGAACCAUCUGAGAUUUCUCAUUAUCAAAGGGCUCCUGUAGCUGCACAUCAAGGACCUCAAGAGUUACAGUCUAUUCAGACUGCAGAACCAAAGUAUGUGCAACCUAUAGAGAGACAAUACGUGCAUCCUGAUAAGCCUAAAUAUAUUCCAGUUGAAGAGCCCAAACAUACUCAGGUUAUUCAGCCUCAGCAGCCACAUUCUCCAGCACAACCCUAUGAUCCUAAACUGCCCCAAUAUUUUACCAUGUAUGAAAAACGUGUUAUUCAAGAUCCUACAGACAAAUAUGGUAAAGGGCCAUGGCGAUAUCUUACGUACGGUCAUGGUAUCACUUACGGUAGCAAAGAACCUGGUAAAGUGUUUGAGAAAGGUUACGGUUACAUCAGAGCGUUGGGCAGGGAUCAUUGCAAACUGCCCGAGCAUCUGUGCCCACCCAAAGACGAUAAACCUUUUGAGUACGAAGGCAGGAAAGAGCCUUACUUUGGAUACCGGCCUCACUAAUCAAGCAAUUGGACGCAUUAAAGAGGAACUGCUGAAUGAAAACUUGACUAUUUAAGAGAGAUUUUCAGAAAUUUAAUAUUUCUUCGUUAUUCUUUUCUUUCCCUGCGUAGCUCAAGACAAUUUCUUUUCACUGUUCAUCAGUAACAAAAUAUACUAACUUCUGAAAUAAUGGAAUAUCGAGAGAGUGGUAAAUCCAUUUAAUUCUUUUAGCAUAAACUCAUAAAAAUGGCAAAAGUUUUAAGUUAUUUAAACUCUUGAUAAAUAUUGGUAACAUGUCUAAUAUAGUUUCAUACUGAUGAUAGUGACUGAGAAUCGUAUUGCAAUGUUACACUCUCAGCUUUUUUCCAGCUUCCUCGUUUAGGAAUAAAACGUCUGUGGCCUUCGUUCUCCAGCUAUAGUUAAGUUUUCAACGAAGGAUAAAGCCAAUCUUUUUACAACUGUGUUCCUGUAUAUUCAUAAUUGAAUAAAAUGUGUUAGAUGUUGAAUGUGCAAGGUGUCAGUUAUAUUUUAUGUGCUACAGAAAUAGCACAAAUUAUAAUAAAAAUAAUAAUUAAG